CUUAAUGCAUUCUUGUGGACUUUAUAACGCUUUAAAUAUGGACGCUAAAAGAGGUGCAUUUUCUUUAGUAUGCAUCUUGGUGACGUGUAGCGUCAUAGAUUGCACUGAUUGCCCAGACACAUGGGUACCUUUCGAAGGUUCAUGUUAUCUGUUUGGUCAUCAAAAGCUAACAUUUGUGGAGGCGGAGCAUUACUGUAACCAGCAUAGUGCUCACCUAGUGCACGUAGAAGGCCAAGAGGAGAAUGCAUUUAUAAAGGACUACUUACGGUUUGAAAAAGGAGAUAUGUGGUGGAUGGGUUUGACAGAUGAUGAGGUUGAAGGUAUAUGGAAAUGGUAUGGUGAAGUAGAGAAACCGGAAUUUACAAACUGGGCGCCGGGACAACCAGAUAACGGAGCAUCUCAUGAGGAUUGUGCGGAGUUUGAUCUAAGAACACAUUAUGGCUGGGACGGCAAAUGGAAUGAUGUGUAUUGUCACGCUCUUCUCCUACCCAUAUGCGAGCGCACGGGUCUUUCUUUUGACAACAAUGGAAUAAUCGGAUAAACAUACAGUUUAAAAUCGGGAAUGAAAUAACAAUGAUAAAUGAAUAAAAAUACAGAAAGCAAAA